ACAUUUGUUGUUGUUUUGUCGUCGAGCAGGAAGCACGUCGCGUCCGCAGCGCGUGAAAUGAAAAGUAACACAAAUAAAUAAUAGGUUGUUUGAAAAACAAAUCAACAAAAAAAACAAAAUAAAAGCUUUCGGUCGCCGACAACGCAUUCGAAUCGUGCAAAUGUGUAUAUAUGUGAGCAUAAACAAUUCCGGAGAUAUAUGCAACAACAGAAACAACAACUGCAAACCCAAUAGCAACAACAAUAAAUACAUCUUUUUUUUGGCCGAGACGAACGUCGUGUGGGCGCGCAAAAUCGUUAAAUAUUGUUGUUGAUCGAAAGAAGUGCGAAAAAAAUAAAUGCACACAAUAUAUAUGUGUGUGUAUGUAUAAGUGAUUGAAAUAGGCAAAAGAGCACAUACACCUCAGUUCCCCCCACCACACGUGAAAUAAACACAAAAAUAGCAAAUAUUCAAUCAAAAAGAACUGCGCGUGUAUUUUGUUUACGUGUGUGUGUGAGUGUAAUUUGGCCAAGACAGGAAGAGAUCAUUUGCCAGCCAGUUUGCCAAAAGAGAGCAGCAGCAUCAUAACGUCUGCAUCUGUAUUUCGUAUAUAUGUGUGUUUGCAUAUUUGCUUGCAUGUGUUAGUGAGUAAAUGUCAAUAAAUAAGAAAAAGAAAAGUGCAAAGCGAAAGUUUCGAUAGUGUGCGUGUGUAAAAAUCUAAAGUGCGUUUUAGUUGCGUCUGAUGCAUUAGUGUUGGUGAAGUGUUAGACAUACCCUCCACCGUUCCCCACACGAAAAGGCGCAAAAGUAAGAAAGAGAAAGAAGCAGAGCGCAAUUUGUGUGUUUCAAGUAAAUUGCAAUAAUUUGUGUUGGCUAGCCAGAUGUUGUGUUUAAUAAAUGAUUGCGAUUCUUGUUGCGCCAGUUGUAUGUUAUUAUGGCCUUGUUGAAUAAACUGUUCUUUCCGUCGGUACCAGCAACCGCAACAACAACAACAGCAGCCGCCGCAGUAGCAGCAACAUCGCCCACGCAGCAAACAGCACCUCAAACAACAGCAAACCAGAUAACAACAACACCAGCGUCAACUACGCUAAAUUAUAGCCAAACAACAACAGUAGCGGAGGCGGCAUCACGUACUCACGCCUCUGCCGCUGCUUCUGCUGUCGCCGCUGGAAAUGCCGGCAAUAAUAAUAAUAGUUCGUCGUCCGCAAAAGCUACGCAAACGUCCAGAAAUUAUCUAAGCCAAUUCCCCUUCGAUGUCAGCCAGGUGCGCGUUUUGCUUUACAAAGAGGACGACAGCCAUGGACGCCGGCUGUUGUUCGACUCGCACGCCUUGCAGAAGGUGACGUUGAAGGAUUCGUCGAGUGCCACAGCUGGCGGUGGCAAGUUCCUCAAGAAUGAGAAGUUCACGACGCUGCAGAAUGGCAAAUUGCAGGCCAAAGCACAUUCCAACAACAACAGCAGCAACCUGAUCGAGGUGUGCCCCGAGUAUGGCUACAAACACAAUCGUCCGUCUGGCGCAGACAUCACGCCCAUUGGCGAGAUGGUUUUUGGCUCGCUGGCCAUGUCCUUUUGCGGCACUGCCUUGAAGGUGCACUGGUUGCCACAGCCCGCAAGGAUACUCUGCUCUCAGGUCUAUCUUACACCCACUGCCAAUGGCGGAGCAGGCGGAGCUGGAGGCCAUUCGCCGUACUCGACGCUCUCGAUGAACAGCCUCACCCCGCGCAGCUCGAUUUGCAGCGAACACGGCUCGAUGGAUGGUCUCUCGAUGAACUCGUUCUCCAUGCCGUUCAGUGUGAGCGUGGGCGGCAGACAGAUGAGUCUGACGCCACCGCUGGAUGUGCCCGUAGCUGCCGAUCAGCAUUCGUUGUCGAUAGCGGACAGUGGACCGCGCUUCUCCUCCACGUACAGCAAUGCCACCGACUCGGGUUACUCGGCCAGUGCCUCGGGCAGUGGGAGUGGUACAGGUGGCCCCUAUUCCAGUGGAGAUCAGUGGUCGUAUCAGUAUUCCACACGCAGCAGCCUAGGGAGUGUGAUCUCCGAUCAAUCGGAUGCCAUGCGUAAGCUCAGCCUCGACGAUUGGAGUUUCUUUGCCAGCUCGCCGCAGCUGGAUGAGUUUGCCAGCGAUGGUUGUCUGCAGCGACGAAUCUCGCGCAAUUUGCGCACCUCCUUCGAGUAUGAGCAUUCCAAGCAUGACCUUAUCGGUUUCCUCAGCGACAAUGUGCAACUGAAUGGCGGCGGCUCCGCUGGCAAUCAGGCUGCCACAGCCGGUGGCAGCGAGGGAGGUGGCAUGGCCCCUCCGCAGUACAGACGCGCCAGCUACUGUGCGAAUGAGUCGCGCAGCAAUCCCGAGAUGGGUCGACGUCAGGCAAAUCAGCGACGUAGGCACAAGCUCGGGCUUGCUGUCUGCAUUACGAUGAGUGAGUCCUUUGAGGAGGAAAUGGAGCUCUUCUGCAGCGAGCACAUUGCGCUGCUCGAGUCCAUGUUGAGUCGACUGCGAGCGAGCACAGAGCAUGCUUACAUUAAUCACAAGAACUUUCUGCAGAUCAUGUUCCAGGCAUGGCAGGAUGCACAGCAGUGGUUUAGCGAUCUGUUUACGGCGCCGCGCAUCAAGACGCCCGUCUGGCUGAGCAUCACGACUAGCGGAAGCAAGUACUCCAAAACUGUGGCCGAGCGUUUCAUCAAGGAGCUGUGCGAUCUGCUCUCUUUCGCCGACACCAAAGACUCCAAUUUCUUCAUUAGCACCAUGUUGACAGGUAUUCUUACCAACCAUCUGGGCUGGGUGGCCACCGUCUCAGCGUUCAAUAGCUCUCGGUCUAGCGGUUCAGGUUCCUCGGCUGCUUCGGCGGCCAUUGAACGACGUGCGAAGCUACUACAAGUGGCUCAAAAGCAUCCGUACAAUGCGCUGUGGGCGCAACUCGGAGAUUUGUAUGGCGCCAUCGGCAUGCCACCCAAGCUGGCGCGCACUAUCAUCUAUGGCACCGAGAAGAUGUGGGUGGAGAAGCUGCUCAAUGUGUUGACCUAUUUCAUACGCUGCAGCGAGGUGCGACGUGCCGCCAAGCGUGAGGAUUUCAACAAGCAGUUGAUCAACGAGCUUGUCGUUGGCCAAACGAAUCAGGAGCGGCACAAGAGUCCGCCCACGCUACGACGACGUCCUGCAGCCACAACGGGAUUGGGCGGAUUGACGCGCACAACAACGUGCAAGCAGAACCUCAACGCCAUUGUGGAUGAUGAUGAUGAGUCUUUGCUGUUGCAGCAACAGCAGCAGCUGGAUGAACUGGAUAGCGGCGAUGAUCAGCAGCAGUUGGAUGAAACUGAUGCUCAGUUCAUUGGCACCACACUGAAAAAGAACGAAAUUCCAACGGUGUUGGCAUUUCGUGACUCGCAUUUUGUGCAGCAGGAGCUGCGUAUUGGCAACUAUCUCAUGGACACGGGCAUCGAGAAGAAAUCGCUGUUGGCGAAGCAGGCGCAGCAAUAUUUUCGUACUGGCAAAGAUGGACGCAUCAGGCUGACGGUGACGACGCCUGAGAAUGUGGAGCUCUACAUGGAGGAAGAGUCGAAUGCUGGUUCUGUGGGCACCGGUGGCAGCAUCGAUGAUGGCGCCAUCGAAGCUUUGGAAUUCGAUGAAGUCAAAUCGAUGCCAUCGCCAGCAGUGGAAUCAUCGGUUCAGCAGCAGCAGCAGAGCAAAAAGAAUUUCUUCUGGAACAUGGUGCCAACAGCGGGCGUUAAGGAGGGACUGAGUCUCAGCGAUCUGGCCAAGCUGCAGCAGGGCGUCAAGAUUAUCAAUCGCAAGCUAGAGCGUCGUUGCAGCAGCUACUCUGUGGAGAGCAGUUCACCGCCUGAACCGCUGGAACCUUUGGUGCAUGAGCGACGCGUCUCGCAUUUGUCGCUCUCCGAUUUGAUAACGCAGAACAGCAUGGGCAAGAGCGGACGCAUGACGUGGGGCAUUGAGCCCAUCAAGGAGAACGUUAGUCUGGAGGAGCAAAUCCAUUUCGAUCAAUGCAAAAAGCUCAUUGAACGCGAGCACGGCAUCAGUCGUCAGACCGCUGUGGACAAUGGCAACGGCGUUGUCUUUGUGCUGGGCGACAAUGAGCCACUGAUCAAUCUCAAGAAGAGCAACGAGGAUCUCAACGAGGACAACGAGUCCAAGCCACAGCUGCUGUGUGCACUGCAUCAGCGCACCCAUGACGCCACGAUGGCCAACAAGAAGCACUCGGGCAUGAAGUUCAACUUUGAGCAAUAUCCGCAGAUUGCGACCAACUACAUGAAGAGUAAGAAUCUGGUCAUGUCCAACAACUACGAUCUGCUGAUGGACAAGGCCAGCAAGCUGGAGGCCAACGAAUCACUCAAGCCCAGCGACAGCAGCGUCACGCUGCAACAGCAGCAAGAACAACAGCAGGCGGAGCUGGCAGCCAGCAGCAGCUCAACAACUGUGGGCAGCGAUCGUUGCAUUGUGUGCAUCAACAGUGGCAGCGCCACCUAUCAGACCCCUUCGAAUGCCACCGAGUUGGAGUUCGAGACGGAUGAAGUGCAUUGUUACAACGAGAGCAGCAACAGUUCGAGUGUACUGCAGACAGUCAACUCGGCUGCCUCCAUCGACACGCUCAAAUCGAUGCCGGAGCCACUGACCACGCCCAAUUAUACGCGUCGGGCGCAGAACAAGCGGCUGCCCUCGCAGCGCAGCUCUGUCUCGUCGGUGGCAGCCAAGUGUGCGGCUGUCAAUGAAUCGCAGCAAUUGCUCAAGCUGCCAGUUCCGGGUAUCAAGGAACUGCCACAGGAGGACGAACCACCGGGUGACAAAUUGCGCGCCGGUUUCAUUCCAUCGCUGUUACUCAGCGUCAGCGAUCACUACGUCUCCGACAUGGUGCUGCAGGGCACCUGUGCGCCGCCCAACAAGUGGGAAAUGAAUCUACGCGAGGAUCUGGCGCUGGCCGCACGUUCUGCCUCGCUCAUCUCACAGCCGGCGGAGAAUAUCGCCAUUGUGGCCGAUAUGGACAAGUGGGAUGUACGUUUAAUCUCAUCACAGCUGCAGCAAUUCCCCUAUGCCGGCGGCCAAAGCUCGCCGGUGGGCAUGUCACAGCUGGUCUCCAGCAUGCUCGAAACUGUUCAAGCCAUGCACGUUGGCGGCAUACCCGCCUAUGAGUGUCUGGCAUUUCUGGAAUCGAAGCUGCAGGAAAUUUAUUUGCAAUCAGAAACGCUGGCCGCAUUUCUGCUGGAAACGGAUCCGUGUCGCCUGAGCGACAUCACAACACCGUUGCAAUUAUCGGAGAACGAUGUGCCGCUGCUUCUCUCCAUUGCGUAUAUACACACGCCGAAGAUUAGUCGCAAGUGUGGCAUCAGCUUCAGAUGACAGACGCUCAGCUGCAGCUGAGAACAGGACCAAACCAUUGCCAAAACCAUCAUCAACAUCAACGUUAUCAUCGUUAGCAUCAUUAUGUUCAUCUCACGCAUCAUCCAAAGCAUAGCGAAACAAGCAAAUACUCCAGCGAAUUUUCAUUUCACUGAUUUUGUGAUAUAUUUUUAUGAAUAUAGCGUGUAGUAAAAUCAGGUUAUUCUUAGUUAGGACGUAUAUAACAAACAGGCAAGCAGCUCACUCAACACACAUAACAUAAUACACAAACAAACAGGAGAAAUGCAUGCACUUAUCCAUCCAUCCAAAUGCAUAAAUAACAAGCACUUAACCAUAUAUUCAUUAUGAUUAUUAUAUAUUUGGGAUAUGAUUUAGGGAACCCACUUAUCGCGCAGUCACAUGAAGAAGUAUUGUAAAUUAUUUGAUUUAGUUUUUAGUUAGCAUGAUUGUGGGACACGACUUAGCAGCACUCCAGCAGUUUGCUAUUAUCGAUCGAUCGAUUGUACUCGUGCUCCUCCCCCAUUUAGUGUUUCAAUUAGAUUUAAUAAUUUAUGACAGCAAUAAUCUAAUUAUCGAUCUAAUACUUACAAAUAAGUUUACACACAUACACACAUACAAGGGCGGGAGCGCAGCUUAUAAUUGUAAACAUUCGAGAAUUAAUUACAUCGUAAACGGUACAUAUAUUAUAUGUAUGUAUAUAGCAAUUAAGUAUAACAAGCAAUGGAUAAAUUUGUAUACGUAUUUUUGAAACAAAAGAUAAAAAAACACUUCUAAAAACUUAA